AUGCUCCUUGCUGUUCAUGUUAACGUCGAGAGGACGGACCUCUACAUGCAAGGCUGCGGCGUUACCUACGCAUCGGAUGAGUUGUUCAAACCUGAGGCGCUUCCAAUCUAUGACUCCGACGGGGAGCAUCAGUCCGGUUGCAAGAUCGACAUACAGGCUGCCAAGGAAGCGGCGUUCUACUGCCCAGCGCCUUACGUCCUGGACCCACCCAACUGCUUCAGCGAGGUCUCCGUGGAAGGUGAAGUUAACAACACAGGUGACCUAAGCAUGUCGUUGGUUUCUUCGCAUUCCAACCACUUCGUCAUCCUGCAGUUCGACGAUUCACUCGUAGGACCAGGGGAGAAGCUGCGCCAGACGCCAACGUUGGAGUGUCGUUGCGUCACCGUCAAGGGGGCCAUAUUCUGCAUCAUGAGCAUAGAAAAGUAA